AGAUUUUGGCUUAGCUGUGGAAAUUGUUUCAUUGUUGGACACGAGGCCAACCAAUGAACCAACUUUGCGAGCGAGGACGUAUUCAAAGAAGCCAUAAGCUUUUCUGAAUGCUGAUUUGGGCUGUAUUCAGGAAAUUAUAUAAUGGAUUCUUAAUUUUUGGCCAAAUUGAUGAGUGUAACUUCAAACAAGUGGCCACUCUUGGGGUCUCAUGUUUUGGUUCGGUAAAUAAAUAAGCACUGUAACAGUCAAAGCUGCUUCAGCUGCAAUCAAAUAUUAGAAAAUUUUAAUACAAGGGGUGAAUUCACCGGGCUAUCUACCCCACUGCUGUACUUUACAUAGCAAGCUUUGGUGGUUGGCCCCUUGCUUUUGAUGAAAUCAUUCGAGUGGUUGGAAUUUAAAACACCAUUGCCUUCUCUCAACUGAAGAAACCAUGAGCAAAUCUCCAGAACAUCCAAAAUAUGAGACAAGUGAUUAUGCUUGCUAUGAAUUUGAUCCUCAGGUGAACUUUUCACAGUUUCUAGAAGAAGCAAGACAACAUGCAAGAGACAUAAACUUCCAGCGGUCAUCCUCAUGUUCAGAGGAAGCCGGAAAGAAAAGACUGGAAGGCGAGAAAAAGAACAAGAAAUCAUGGAAAAAUUCUCUCUUCUCAUGGUGGAAAACUGACAGAAAGAGCAAACCUAGUUCGGAUCCUGUCGAUGUUCCUAAUAUUUCCAAGCCAACCAAAGGUUAUUGUUCUGGUCCACUGUGUGGAACUGCCAGGGGAAUCGAUACACCGCGCCGGCGUCCAUCAUCAGGGCCAGUCUCCAUCCUCUUCAACCCCAAAAGGAAAGUGGAAAAUGAGGUACCUUACAUGUGUCUUGACCAGCCUAACGAUCCUUAUCAAAUCAACGCCUAUGGACCUGUCUAUUUGGUGACAUAGUAUAUCAAUGACAGAGGACUUGACAUGGGGCUUCUGCAUUACUUUAGCCAAGAAAAUGUUGUCCCAACUCCCACCAGGCAAAACUGGGGAACUUUGUGACACAAACUAUAAAGUAAUAUAUUUAAUGAGGUGAGUAACUAGAUAUAUCAAUAAUCUGAAUCUCAGUUCUGACGGAUACAUGGUGGGGCACUUGACAGAGGGGGCUUGUAAUUAGAAGCAGCUCUUCCCAGUUAAUUUGAGUGACAAGAGAUCCAAGUUGUAAAAGUGAUCCAUGUAGUCAUUGAAUUUCAAUUCUCAUUUCUGGUUUCCCCAGUUUUCUAAUCUGCUUCUCGUGUUUGUCUGUCUUAAAGUCUCAAUGAUGGUUAUACGUUUCUGUGUUUGAUAAUUAAGAACUUGCAGAAAGAAUACAGAUGCUCCGAUUACACCAUCCUGCACUGCACUGCGUAAGCCAGGAAUUGAAAUGAAUUUAAUUUUACAUCUGAUGCCUACCAGAAAUUAAUUUUACUAAUUCUUGAUGCGGCUAGGUCUGGGAUCGCUCCCAUAACGCAAAGAAAGCAGUCACGCCAGAAAGUCAAGCUUUCAUUUCAAGCUGCCCUUAUGUGGUACUAUCUAUUCAUAAAACUAUGAAAGUAAUAAUACUAAAAAAAAAAAGAAGGUUUCUUAAUCCGAAUACUGAUUCUGUCACCACAUGCCACUACAUAAUACCAAAUAAAAAGAAAGAACAAGCUAAAAAACCAAGAAGGGUUCCCUGCUUGAGGAUUCCCGAGCUAUAACUCACUUUAUAAACUUUACUUGUUUUGCCUUGUAGCAAUUUCAUAAAGCAAUUACUAGGGCGAAGUGAGCUUGGUUUCUCACAGAAAGCACUAUCAGUAUCACUGUCACCGGGGUUCAGCUGCUUGGGAAGAGCAUAAUAGAGAACGCUACUCUCGAACCAAUUUCAUUUGUCAAACCCAGCCAGUAGCAACAAUUCUCCUCAAACGGUCCCAUUUUCUUGGUUAACAUAAACCACAGUUACGUGUUAGGCUAACCGACGCAAAUAACAUCGUUUCAACUAUUUUACUUGACGCUAGAGGAACCACAAGAUGGAGUGAAGAACCACUUUCGAGACUCAACAUGUAUAUGAUUCUUGUUCAAAUUAGAAAGGGAAAUCUUUUUGUGUUGUCAUAAAUCAGAACAGCAUCAAGAGAUGUCUGUAAAUGUCUACCAGAAUGCGACAUUAGACCCCCCCCCCCCUUUCUUCAUUGAGUUUCUAUUCUGGCUCUGAAACAUUUUUCAUGAAACCAAGCAUUCGUUAUAUGCCCGUUUGUGACCUAAGCCAACAGUAGCAAAUCUGAAAUUUUCCCAAUUACAUUUUUGCAUUAACUACAUAGCCAAACA